UGGAGUUGACCUGAUCUCCUUGGAUCUUUAAAACCUCAUUUUACAGAGGUUGAUAUUGCAGUAAUACGUUUAUUCAUCUUAGUUUUAUGCGCUUUGCUGUGGGCUCCUUCUGAUGCACCAAUUCAACACAUUUUCCAGCAGAGAUCAUUGUGAGAUUGUAGGUCGGGAGGAUGACAGCUCAAGUGUAUUUCUUGUUGAUUGCUGUUUUAUCGUGUCUGUUUGGAUACUUGAGCAUAACAGAUGCUACUCGAACUACAGCAAAGCCAGGACGGUGUCCACCCCAAUCAUCUGGAAGUAAAUUGUGUACCAGUUCAUGUAAGAAUGACUCUAACUGUCCCAAAAAUGAGAAGUGCUGCAGAAAUGGAUGUGGAAGUUACUGUACGGCUCCAUAUAGAGUGAAGCCAGGUCAAUGUCCCAUACCAGAGAUGAUUCCAAUGUCUGCUGAAAGCUGCUUCCAUGAUGGCCAGUGUCCUGCCACACAGAAAUGUUGCCCAACCACCAGUGGUCGUACAUGCAGUGAACCACGUGGUCAAGGAAAUGGUCAGGGGAGCGGUUUUGGUCAGGGGAGCGGUUUUGGCCAGGGUUUUGGUCAGGGUUUUGGUCAGGGUUUUGCCCAGGGUUUUGGUCAGGGUUUUGGCCAGGGUUUUGGGCAGGGGAGCGGUCAAGGAAGUGGUUUUGGUCAGGGGAGCGGUUUUGGCCAGGGUUUUGGUCAGGGGAGCGGUUUUGGUCAGGGGAGCGGUUUUGGCCAGGGUUUUGGUCAGGGUUUUGGUCAGGGGAGCGGUUUUGGUCAGGGUAGUGGUCAGGGAAGUGGUUUUGGUCAAGGGAGCGGUUUUGGUCAAGGGAGCGGUUUUGGUCAAGGGAGCGGUUUUGGUCAAGGGAGCGGUCAGGGAAGCGGUCAUGGUCAAGGGAGUGGUCAGGGAAGCGGUUUUGGUCAGGGAAGCGGACAAGGGAGUGGUUUUGGUCAGGGAAGCGGUCAUGGUCAAGGGAGUGGUCAGGGAAGCGGUCAAGGGAGUGGUCAGGGAAGCGGUUUUGGUCUUGGGAGCGGUCAAGGGACAGGCCAGGGGAGCGGUCAAGGAAGUGGUUUUGGCCAGGGGAGCGGUCAAGGAACAGGCCAGGGGAGCGGUCAAGGAAGUGGUUUUGGCCAGGGGAGCGGUCAAGGCCAGGGGAGCGGUCAAGAUCAUCCUCUUCUGGUGCAAGGCCAGUGUGCAUGUGACAUGUUCUUGACGCUGGACUCUCACCGCGGCUUCCAUUUCAACAACGCAGGGGGCCGUAGCUCAAGAAAGCACUUGGCCGCCUCCACCACUGAAUAA